AUUAAACAAAGACAAAAAGUUUGAUGCGAUAUGCGAAUAUAUACACUUCUGCAUAUUCAAUAACAAAACGAAACUUGUGAAAGAUUAUUAAACCAUUCUAAAACAUUCAAACUAAUUGCGAUGGAUUGCGAUAGUAUUCAAAUGGCUAUAGCAGAAGAAAAUCAAUCGACAGAACGCAAAGAAUGUGGACGAAGGGGUCGAAAACCUGGCAGAAAGACAUCCUCAGAAAAGGUGGAUGUAAAAGCGAAACUCGAACGUAGCAGACAAAGUGCACGGGAAUGCCGCGCUCGGAAAAAGCUAAGGUAUCAGUAUCUGGAGGAGCUAGUUGCGGAUCGGGAAAAGGCAGUUAUUGCCCUGCGUGCUGAACUGGAGCGAUUAAUGCAAUGGGACAAACAGCUGGAGGAAAAUGCCAGUCCGAAUGAUAUUGAUCAGAUGCUUAAGGAAAUUGGUAUACUUAAACAAGAAACCAGUUCCUAAACUAAAAGUACAAAAUAAGUUACUAUAUGUAUACUUUCAUACAAUCAUAUUGCUUUUUUACAACACAUAUAUUGUUUACAUAUAUAUACAAUUAUAUUUAUAAAGAAUUAGCUUAUAAGCUUAUGCCAUCAUCCACAAAUGUACUUGCGCAAACUGAGCGGAUAUACCUGAGUUACAGUGAAUAAAAAAUAAUCUUUUAUUAUCAAA